AUGAAAGUCAAAUUUGAGGUUGAACUUCCCAAACACACCCUUCAAAAAGUAAACCCAAAAUUUGCUGCCCGGACAUCUCACAGAGAAGUUACGGCAGAAACGUCCACUCCAAUUAUGUACAUAAUUCAUGUAGAUGGUGAAGAUUCCGAGGAGCUAGACGAUGACCACGCCACGACAGCAUUCUCAUCAGCGUUGCCUAUUCUUCUAUCGCUGUGCCUAUUCUACCUCAUCUAA